GCCAGAAAGAACUUUUUUCAACUGUGGAUGUACAAUCGCCAAUCUUCCCCUUCGCAUUCUAAUCAGUGCUUGAAUUUGAUUCUCGGACAAUAGUCGGCAUAUCUUGGCGCAUUUUACGAUUCAUCUAUAAUAUGAUACACUCGAUAUGAGUACACGGGCAAUACGCGGUGGCGCUCAUGCUUCCCGUAGUUGUCCGGGCUUGAGCUCGAGGCCAAGCCUCGGCAGGAAUUCGUUUCCGAAUGCCUUCAUAACGAAUGCAGAGAGUUUGGUUAAUCCAACGUCGUGCGCAUGGGGGAGGCGUUUAUAUACCAUGCAUACCGGUCCUUUGAGGACUCCAAAUGCUGAUAUGAGUGCAGCUGGGUAUUAUCCUAGGGACAGUGUGCGAGGAUGGACGUGCUCACAACUCAACGUGGCUUCGAGAGGUAGUCUCAAAGUCAAUGCAUGGCAUGGAUAUGGGUUCAAGAGAUGCCUCUCCCAGUCCAACAGGUCUCUCCAGGAGAAAAAGGAGAGUAAUAGUAAGGAUCAAAUACCUUCUCAGCCGACACAGUCAGAGCCGUUAUCUACAACCAAACCUCGAGGAAUCCGAAAUGUGAUUCCGAAGGUGAUACCUGUGUUGACGGCCCAUGAGAACAUAUACACAGUGCCUAACAUCCUAACAUUUUCGCGCCUCAUAGCAGCGCCGUUCGUCGGUUAUGCUAUUGUUCAUGAUGCUCCUGCGUGGGCGCUAGGUCUGUUCGCUUACGCGGGAAUCUCGGACUUGCUUGAUGGUUGGAUCGCGCGCCGGUGGAAGCUUCAGACUGUCGUCGGCAGUAUUGUCGAUCCGAUGGCGGAUAAGAUACUCAUGACUAUCUUGACCGUGUGUUUAGCUUAUAAGGGGGCGUUACCAGUUUGGCUUGCCUUUAUAAUCCUCGGGCGUGACGUCGGUUUAGCGAUUUCAGCCAUAUACUAUCGAUGGAUAUCUCUCCCGCCGCCGAAGACUUUCACGCGGUAUUGGGACUUCUCUCUACCAUCAGCAGAGGUAAAACCUACAACUAUCAGCAAGUACAAUACCUUCUUACAACUAGGGUUGAUGGGGACAACCAUGUUGACGCCCUUCAUAACUGCGGAUGUCAGCUUAGCUAUGUCAGCGUUCCAAUAUUUAGUGGCCACGACGACUGUAUGGAGCGGUCUGAGUUAUGUGUUUAGCAAAGAUGCUGUGAGGAUCCUCUCACAGAACAAGGACAAGCCUAAAGGUCAAUAGCGUUUUAUGAAUAAGUCCUAGACGGUGGCAUGGAAUGCUACACACAUAGUGGUUCCAAACUCUACGGAAAAAAAAAGAAAAAGGAGUUGAGGUCAGCACAUGGUCAAUACAUGGUUUUGUAAAUUACGGGGGAUUAUACUUAGCGGUUGGGAAAAUGCAUUAGUGUUCACCUCCUCCUCGUAUGGCAUUUCGCAUGACAUGGUACUAGGUGGUAACCGAGACACAUUACUAUUAGUUGUGCUUCUUCAUCUUUAGUAUCCACUAAUUUAUGAGAUCUGGGACUAUGCCCUCAUAGUUACCUCA